CUCUCUGCGGGGGCUGGAACCAGCCCCUGGGGCACCCCGGGCUCUGCCGACACCAGCCCCUGAGCCGGAGCCUGCAGGCUGCAGAACAGCAUCCAGGGUUCACUCCGGAUCAUCCCCUUCUCCUGCGGGCCGGGGCAGGGAAAUGGCUGGAGCGGAGCCGGCUCAGGGACCCGUGACCUUCAAGGAAGUGGCUUUGUAUUUCACUGACCCCGGUCAGAGGGCCCUCUACAGGGAUGCCAUGCAGGAGAACUAUGCGAACAGGACCUCACAGGGAUCUCCGAUUCCCAGACCCAACGCUGUCUCUUGGCGGCAACAAGAGAAGGAGCCGUGGGUCCCAGAUCUUCAAGGUUCUGGGGAAAGGGAGAACCCGAGAGGAGACUGCCCAGUGCAGGGAAUUGACUCCUGUCCAGAUCAUCCCACUUGCCUUGGGGAAAUAUUUAGGACCCGCAAAGACUCCCUGUUGCGCAAGGGGCCGCGCCCCAGGGAGAGACUGAACACGUGCAAAGACUGUGGGAAGAGCUUCCGUCAGCGGUCCAACCUCCUGGCACAUCAGAGGACCCACGGGGGAAAGAGACCCCACCCGUGUGCUGACUGCGGCAAAACUUUCAGUGCCUUCUCCAACCUCCUGCGGCACCAGCGCGGGCACGCUGGCGAGAAGCCCUACAAAUGCCCCGACUGCGGGAAAGGCUUCGGGCACAGCUCGGCCUUGGUCACCCACCGGCGGAUCCACACCGGAGAGAAACCCUACGCCUGUGGGGACUGCGGGAAGCGCUUCAACGUGGUCUCCAACCUGGUGCGUCACCAGCGGAGCCACACGGGCGAGAAGCCCUACAAGUGCCCCGACUGCGGGCGGCGCUGCAGCCAGCGCUCCCACCUGGUCACCCACCGGCGGCUGCACACCGGUGAGCGUCCCUACGUCUGCCUGGAGUGCGGGAAGUGCUUCAACGUCAGCUCAGACCUCAUCAAGCACCGGCGCAUCCACACCGGGGAGCGGCCCUACGCCUGCAGCGACUGCGGGAAAUGCUUCAGCGGCAGCUCCAACCUGCUGACCCACCAGCGGCUGCACACGGGCGAGCGGCCCUACAAGUGCCCCGACUGCGGGAAAGGCUUCACCAUCAGCUCCAAGCUGAUUGCCCACCAGCGCACCCACACCGGCGAGCGGCCCUACAGCUGCGCCGACUGCGGGAAGGGCUUCAGCGACCGGCCCCACCUGGCCCGGCACCAGAGCGCCUCCCGGCGCGAAAAGCGCUACAAGUGCUCCGACUGCGGGAAGGGCUUCACCACCAGCUCCUACCUCCUCACCCACCAGCGCAGCCACACUGGGGAGACCCCCUUCAUCUGCGGCGACUGCGGGAAGAGCUUCGCUGUGGUCUCCAACUUGGUGCGGCACCGGCGCAUCCACACGGGGGAGAAGCCCUUCCGGUGCGGGGAGUGCGGGCGGCAGUACAGCCAGCGAGCCCACCUCACCACCCACCAGAGGGUGCACACUGGGGAGCGGCCCUACGUCUGUCUGGACUGCGGGAAAGGCUUCAACGUCAACUCCUCCCUCACCAAGCACCGCAGGACCCACACCGGAGAGAAACCUUACGUCUGCCCCGACUGCGGGAAACGCUUCAGCCAGAGCUCCAAUGUCAUCACCCACCGCAGGCUGCACCACGGGGGGCACGGGGCCCUUGGUGCUGCAGCUAGGGCCAGCCAGCGGGAGUGAUCCCCCGCCAGCCUCUCUGGGCCAGGACAUGGCAGCAGCUGACCCUUGGGCUUUGUGAGAUAGAGCCGUUGCUGCUGCAGAUCCAGCUGUCUGGAGACCCUGAACCUUCUGCUAAUCUGAUGGGGAGGCUGGAGAGAGAAAGACAUACCCAUCCUCCCCUGGAGGAGAAGGGGUCUGUGUAAGAACCCCCUUCCCCACUUCCACCAGUGCUUCCAUCACCCUGGAGUGGAGGACUCCUCUGUUCCCCAUGGCACCUGCACGCUCUGCGCCCUGAGGUUGGGGGAGCAGAGACCUCCCUUCUCUUCAGACACCUUUGCUUAGUUUCCUGGUUCUGUGCCAUGUCCGGGUCACUUCCUGUCCCAUGGGAAUAAAAAAGUUC